GGAAGAAGAGAAAUUAAAGGUACUUGUGUUUUCACCCCUACUUUGAUAAUGGCAUGGUCCUACCAAACCCGGAAGUAUCACCCGGAAGUGAUCGUCCAUUUGCAGUACACAUUGCGCGGGACUUCCCCCGUACCCGUACAAAGGUCCGAGUACGGGUAUGUAUGCAUCAGAAAAAUCCCAGAGCUUUUGAUGGUUACCUGGUCACUCUUGCUGGACAGUAUUUUGCUAGGAAAGACGCACGAAACACAGUUAAAGACGACAGUGUCUGUUUAGAAGCUAGAGAGAAAGGUUGCCGGACGAGCGGUACCAGGUUUAUGACAGUCAACUAAAUCAACUGGACUCCCCCACCCCCAGAAGCUACUCAAACUUUAUAGACACUAGAGAUUGCUCCCCUAACCACCAGGUGUGCUGCCAAUAUUUCUAACAGAGAAGGAUGCCCAUCAGACUUGAUCAUGUGAUGCACCUGCUCAGUACACUGGCUCAGGAGGAGAAUCUACGAGUCGCAGUCAAAGAGUCGCUGAAGGGAGGACUUCUGACAGGGAUGGUUGCAGCUGCUGGGGGUCUUCUGGGAGGUCCACCUGGUCUGGCUGUAGGUGGAGCGGUGGGAGGAGCCUUGGCUGCCUGGUCCUCAGCUGGCAGGUUCAAAUCUGUGGCCACCAUCAUCCUGGAGAUGGACCAUACCCAGCAGCUUCAGCUGUAUAACGCAGUCUGGUCCAUCCUGGAGGGAAUCACUGCAGAUGACCUGGUCACCCUGCAGGCUUUGGUGAGAGGAGAUGCCAUGAUGAGGAGAAUGCUGCUGGAUGCUCUAGUCGGAUAUGUACAAAAAGACAUGGGCAUGACUAUAUUGGACUAACGUCACAUCAGGGCUGUCUCCAGCUUCAAAUUUUGGUCCGUCCCACUUGUUGUAGGGGGGGGGGUGGAGUUUAUCUAUCGCAGAUGAUGUAUGGUAUUGGAUGUCCUUGUAGCUCAACCAAUCACAGUUGAGAUAUCCUGGUCCCGAUUAGUUGGUGGUUGGGAGACCUAGCUUUGUUCACUUUGUAGCAACCUUUUAGAAGCAGACCAAAGUGAACAAGGCUGAACUCCAGGCUAUGGGAGAACCUGGUUCAAUCCUGGGAAGGAAUCCUAUUCUCUUAGUUGGGGCUGUAACCAGCUUUUGAAAGGUAUGUAGAAUGGGGGCCCUGUGUUUGAGAUAGUGCCUUGAUUAAGGUAUUAGGAACCCCUCCCUAUAGAAAUAUACCCUACUACCGAAACAGCUAGAUGGGACUGAACAAAAUAUACUAUUGCAAAGGAAAAGGCAAAUUUUGAUUUGAAUUUUAAUUUGUGUUGUUCAGUUUUGUUGAAUCUGUCAUUUUAAGGCUACAGAAAUAGGAUAUAUUUUCAAGUCACAAAGUCCUUGAUCAAUUUUUUUGACGGAUAGGAUGAAAUUUUUGGUCAGAGGAAUGGGUUCUGGAGACAGCCCUGCAUUGCAUCACGUAAAAGUUAUUUCUGUAUAGCUCAGAAUCCACACCAAAUACUGUAUCUAUUUUGGCUUUGAUAAUGUUGUUGCUCAGGAAAAUUUUGUGUCAACAUCUUUGUAGAUUGUAGAACUGUGGACCAAGUUUUGGAAAUUUUUUAAGAGUAGUCAAAUAUGCUACCUGUUGAUCAGGCAGGACCAACUCUAUCCAUCACACUAGAAAUCAGUUAAACCUAUUUGAAACUAGUGAAUGUUGGAGGAGUAUUGCUCUAGAUUGUAUGGUGCUCUAGAUAUGUUGUGUCUUGAACUCCGGAUCCAUGGUAGGUCUGUAUGUGAUUCUCAUCUGAAUGAGGGCUGUUGCAUGCUACCAGCACUGCACAGAACAUAUCGACUUGCAUGUAUGUAGUGAUUCAAAAGUGCUCCACCCAGGUCCUUAAUAUGAUUAUACAAACAUAAUGUUAGAUAUUCUAAUUAUUUCGUAAAUUUAGCUUGGGUAGAAAUUAUGGAAGGUGACAUCCAUCAAAUAGCCUUACACUCUGCCUACUUCUUCAGUUGAAAACAAUGAAUCUGUUUUAUUUUGUUCAACUUCUCUGUGAUUGUACACAAGAUAUCACUGUACUUUUGAAAUAGUUGAAUAUAAGCCAGUAUCCAAGUCUUUAUGGAGCUACCUCACUGGAGUCACAAUCUGUUGUUACCAGUAUGUAUUCACACUAAUUUUAUCCACAAAGCCAAAAUGCUGACUCUGGUAAGAAAACUUAGAUUAAUGAGCAAAUCUUGCUGAUUAAUAGUGAGCAAGUCUUUUUCAUUCUCAUCAAGAUGCCACUUGUGACUUUUCAUGAAUAUUGUAACCAUAUCAAUCACUGAUGAUACUGGUAGCUGUAGGUUCACUUUUGUAAUAAAGUGACAUUGGAGAAAACAAUGAGACAUAAUGAUAUGAUGUGUCAGUGUAAAAUAUAACAAUGCCUUCUCAACUGUUCAUAUCUGAUUAUUUGAUACCACUGAUGUGAUAUGCCUAAUAGCAGUUUACCAGUUAUGCAAAACAAACUACAGUAAGAACUUUUAUUGGAAACACAGCUGUCUUGUGCAUUUCAGGUAUCCUUUGCGGAUAUCAAGGACAGAUACCCAGUCUAUAGGUUUUAACCAUGUUCUUUGCUUAUUCUAUAUGCCUUAAUAAUUGUUGUGAAAGAUCCAAACACAAAUAUGACCAAGUCAACAGAGACUGAAAUUUGUAGAAAAUUUUAUAUAUCUCUGCAGUGACCUUGACACUAUAACAGCAUCACAUACAUAGUGAAAUUCAUGCAGUUCAGCUGACCAGUACAAUGUAUUUGUAAUAAAGGCACAGACUAUGACAUGUUUACAUUUUUCACCAUAAUUGCACAUGUAUCUUAAAGAACAUUAGUCAUUAAUCAUUAAUCCCCGUCAAGGGGGCUGAGCAGUACAAAAGAAGAAGAAGAAGAACAUGGCAUAAACAAAACACUAUUUUUCAAGUAUUCGUAAAAUGCUUUCUUCACAAAUAAAUUAAAUGAUAGCAGCUCAAUUAGAAAAUACUAGUACUCUCCAAACAGAGGUUAGGCUUCAGCUGUUUUUAUGUGCUUAAGACAUUUUCAUCUCACUUUCUAUUUCGUCAGGAUUUCUUUGCUAGCUAUAUGAACAAAAAAAAGACCAGGUCCUGACAAAACAGAAAGCCAGACAAAAAAGUCAAAAACGAACCGGAGCUUACCCUCUGCUUGGAGAGUAAUUUGAAACUGCCUAUACAUAAUCUAUGCUAGGCCAGGUUAAGAAAUCAUUGCACAUUGCCUAAAGCACAUCUGAUUCCUAUAAAUAUCAUAUACACAUCAAUAUAACACAUACAGAGUGAUAGAGAGAGAUAGCAUACAACCUUCUUUAACUAGAAAAAAUAGAGAAACAAUAUGCAAUCGGUGGGCACAGUGUAAGUACCAAACACACAGUUGUUUCAUGCUUAGAUAUGUCAGAUCUGAGAAUGUAAACCCUGAUUAAUACUUCAUAUUACUGUAAUUCCUGAUUUGUUUGUGAUUUUGAUGUUGAGACCAUAUGCAUAAUACUGUAUAUCAAGUUUACCUAAAGAAAGACAUUUUUUCUUAAUCAAAAGUAAUUUCUUUUCAGAGGAAAACUUACAAAAAACACAAAAUUG